AUGAGCCAAAGACUUGAGUUGCUCCAGAAGUAGAUGCCUUCUUUUUAAUAUACAGUUGACGGAGGCAUUUUAACCAAGGAAGAGAGAUAAUUUUAUGAAGAAAACGGUUUCCUAGUGGUGAGAUAAAUGUUCUCUCCAGAAGAAAUCAAAGAGUGGACUCAAAGAUUCAGAGAGUAUGCAGAUGGAUAAUUGGAACGCAAAUACGGAAUGUAAGUGGUUAGAGACAUUUCAUUGGUGAAAAGAGGAGGAGGAAAACAAUUGGGAGAAGAAGCUAUUACAAAAAUACAGGACUGGUAAGAGGAUGAAAUUUUAUUCAAAUUUUGCAGAAACCCCAAGGUUAUCAAAUAUCUGUCUAGCUUCUGUGGACCUGAUAUAAAAUCAGUUCACACUAUGUUCAUCAACAAACCACCAAAUAUGGGCAAAACUUCUAGACACCCCAUCCAUCAAGAUCAAGUGUAUUUUCCAUUUGGACCAGCUGACAGAAUAGCUGCUGGUUGGGCUGCACUUGAAGAUGCCAAUAGAGAAAAUGGAUGUUUAGUUGUAUAUCCUGGAACUCAUAAAGUUGGUCCUGUCGAGCAUUGCUAUCCCGAUUGGAAGGAAGGAGUGAACAAAGCCUAUUGGGGAGUUAAAGAUAUGCCACCUGAAUCGGCUCCAAGAAUCCAUUUAGAAAUGAAGGCAGGGGAUAUAGUUUUCUUCCAUCCGUAUCUAUUUCAUGGUUCAGGAGAAAAUAAAUCAAGUAGUUUCAGGAAAUCCAUUUGUUGUCACUUUGCUUCAGCCAAUUGCCAGUAUCAUGAUAUCAAAGGAACUUUCCAUGAAAAUUUGGCUAAAGACAUCAUUGCGUAUGCCUCAAAGAAAUUUGGACAUGUCAAUUACUUAGAUAUUUGGAGAUUUAAAUGCAGGUUAGUCUAAGGCAAACCUGAUCCACUAGGAUUGUGAUAAAAUUACGAUAAUCC